ACCCUGUGCAUUCUGCGCGACUGCCUAAUCAUAGAAAGGGGGUUCGUUCAGAGGGGCUCUGGCUUUGUACUUUCCCUGGUGCCAUUUUUGUAGAUUGGCACAGUCGAGACGGUUGGGACAGUGUAAAAGGGAGCUACGAUCGAGCGUUCAAUCGAGGCUGUUCAGUUUCAUCCCAACACCUCUGUCCAUUAUUGGGGCGCUUCCUGCUGUAUGUCUUUAUAACACUAACUGCUGGUUUUACGCCGAACGAGCACAGGCUGUUCGUGAUUGAAACAUUCAACCUGGUCGUGAUUUAGCAUUCGGACAACUCUUCUUUGUUUCUGCUCCAGAACCUAGUGGAUAUCUUUGGAACACUUUGGUCAUAACACUUGGUCCACGAUGGCAAAGCGACGGUGUGUGUUCGGUUUAUUGGCUGUUGCAUUUCUAGUGGCAUCAACCCUUGUCACAACGGCUCAAAGUGAAUCUGACGAAACGGGAAAUAGAAGGCCUUCGGCAUCAGACUCUGGAAGUGGAGGCACAGGGGUAAACGGUGGUACUGGAGGUGGUGCUCGGGGUGGUGGUACGAUUCCUGGUGUGAGUGCUGGUGCAGGAGGCGGGGUUGGAGGCGGCGGAGGAGGUGUCAGACCCGGUAAACCCAAUUUCGGUCUUCCUGGAUCCGGAGGUGGAGGGACGGGCUUUGGAGGGGGACCUGGGGGAGCAGGAGGAGCAGGAGGAGCAGGAGGAGCAGGAGGAGCAGGGGGACGUGGAGUAGGUGGUGCUGGAGGAGCCGGAGGCGGGACGGGAGCAGCUGGUAGGAGAACUGGGGUUGGUAUUCUUCCAGACAUCCAGGUGAUUGAUCCUCGCAAUCCUGCAAGAGGAACCGGUUCUGGUUCCCGCUACCCAGGUUACAACCCACGUUCUACAUACCCAGGACAAAAUUAUCCAGGAUCACGAUACCCGAAUGUCGGCAAUCCCGGUAUGAACUACCCUGGAGGAUAUCCUGGAGUAGGAGUAGGUGGUUUCCCAGGACAAGGUGGCUACCCAGGCAACAACUAUCCAGGACAGAACUACCCAGGCAACAACUUCCCAGGCAGUAGAUUUCCCAAUAUAGGAACUGGCGGAUAUCCAGGAUCCGUCUUCCCCCAUGGACCAGGAUAUCCACGCAAUGGCUUACCAGUGGGUGGACCAGGCUUCAGGAACCCUAGCAUGACCGACCCCAAGCGUUUCCCAGGAAGGCACAUCCCUGGUUACAUCCCAGGAAGGGGUGGAGGCUACGGCGGGGCCGGUGGACGCGGCAUACACCCUGCAGCAGGAGGACCAGCCUACAACGGAAGACAUCUUGGAAAUAAUAUCGCUGAGGUGAAAGGCCGCAACUUCGGUAAAAAGAUCGGUAUGGGCUUUGGUGCACUUAUGGCUGUUGUUGUAAUAGGAGCUUUAUGUGUCGUAGGUACAGUAGUUUCAGUUUUAAUAGCAUGUGCUCGACGAAGACGUCGCAAUCAACUAAGAUAGAUAUUUAUAGACACUUUCCAUUAAGAAUAAAGUAAUAUAUCAAUCCUCAUUGGUCAGUAUACUACUAAAAUUCAAACUCGACGCUGGGUUGAAAGUUCGAUCUUAAGGCCGGGUUUAUAAACCGAAGGUAGACAGAUAACUGAGUAAUGUCUCAGUUCAGCAUGUCUUUAGUUUUCGUGCCGGAUUUAGCUGGAUUAAUACGGGCCAUCAGGUGUCGGGUCUAGUGUUCACGCAAACCAUUCUUUUUGUGCCAUUCGUUUAUAUUUAAAAUUCAAAAUACAGACCUUCUGUCUAUAUAUCACAAUUUGCAAAAGCAGAACAGGAGAAAGAGAUUCAUGUCAAGACUUAAACAAUUUUAUUUCGUGUCAAAAAUUUGUUUAGGCGAAGGAGAAACGUAAGACCAAGCCUUUUCCCAUAUUUUUUUAAGUGUAUGCAUUGCCUGCUAAUAGGAUGUAAAUCAUGUACAUUUCGGUAGUGUGUUUUAAUUAGUUCUUAUUUUUUUUAUGUGGCUAAAGAACUUACGAAUAUCAAUAAUCUAUCUCGAUCGUGAAAUAUACUUUCCCCAUGAUCGAGAUAGAUUACAUGUGUGUACAUGAAGUAUAAAUAUUACUUGUGUAUAUUUGAAAUACCGUUUUUAGUCCAUUGAAAAAUACAGAUUGUCAUCAUUCUCGUACGUAUUCAAUUAUUAUGUGUUAUAAUGUGGCUAAAGGCAAUUAUUAGCAGUUCAUAUGUACAAAACAUAUGAUUUUUGUCACAAAUAGGAUAUGACAAUUUUUGUGUACCCUAGCAUUACUGCAUUAAACAUUUUCUCUAUCACCUUUCUACACGUACUUAAACGUUUAAGAUCCAUAUUACAUAGUUUAACAUUUACUAUGCAGUUAAAUGCAAUGACAGAAAUGACUGUGAAUACUGUUCUAAUUUGCUCUGUUGAAAAAUAUACAAAGUAUUCAAUGUAUUAGAAUGUGUAUAAGUAUGCUUAUUAUAUCUUGGCCGGUUCAAGAAUAUAUUGAAGGUAAUGUUGAAAUAGAAAAACCGUUGGUAUAACGGCUUAAGAAUAUUUUCAGGACAAGUCUUUGAUUCCUAAUUCAGUUUUUAUCGUUCAAAUCUCAAAUUGAGUGAUAACAAACUACUUUAUAUUUUUUAUAAUAAAAAUCAUUAUGUUAGUUAUUGAGGGAUUGAAGGUAGAGAGAGGUUUAAAUAUCCUAAAGUCCUUGAAACACCCUACUUCUCGCAAGGGAAUUCGAUCUAAGAGUUGACAUGGAAUAUGACAUUAUACCUUUAUUAAGAUAUAUUUGUAUUGAAAUGGGUGGAUCUGCUGUGUCUAAUUGACCUGAUCAAUCACUUUCUUUCUGACUAAAAAAAAAAUCAACCCGAAAUUUUCCAUUUCCAUCUAGUGGGAUAAGCCAGUUGUGAGAUAUAUCUUUUAUCAGGUCAUGAUCUAUAUGACCAUAAUGGGUUGAUCUGGAAUAUACGUCAGAAAGGAACAAAAAUAGAACUGACAAAACUGUGCUUUUAUAACAGCGCGCGAAACGUUUAUUAGUGAUAACAGGUAUUCAGCAAGUGAUGGCUGUUAAUAGGGAGAAUUCACAAGUUUGUAUCAAUAUAAAUACUAUACUUUUAAAAACGUAUUAAAAUCGUGUGAACAAAGCUAAUAAAAAAAGGAAUUGUCUGAUUUUGUUUUCCUUCGACAGCAAGAUAAUUAUGUAUCAGUACAAUUUACGCUCGAUAAAUAUAUAUUUCUUUGGUAAAGAAAUGCUUUUCACAGUUUUAAAAGUGUUUCGCUUUAUUAUACCAAGUUUCAAAGAUAUGUAUUCUUUAUCCCAUAUAUUGAUGUAUAUAUAAAUGGUCAAUUUACAAGAUGUACAGAAGAAGAUUAAAGACUGCAUUUUUACCAAAUGAAAA